CGAACCGUACCUGUGAUCAGCAUUCAAUAGCAGACGAUACUUUUGUGUGUGUAUGUUUUUGUUCAGUUAGAAAAUCAUGUUCGGAAAGAUGUUCGUAGGAGAUCUCAGUUAUUACUGCAGCGCGUUUCAUUUGUUAAAUGGGUUGCUGUCAAUAUCAUUUUUGGUUUUGAGGCUGUUUCGACCGUUCUGUAGUACGCUGUUCGCCAAUGCAGACACGCCAUGCGGACUUGACUGGAAUGAAACCAACGUCUUGUUUUUCCUUGGAUGUAUCCUGGUGGUCAAGAACCGGAAGCUGCCAUCGUUUCGAGAGUACCUUGCGAAGAUGUUCAUGUUUGGAAAAGUGGCCAAUGCUGUGCUCUUUUUCUAUGCAGACUUCAGAUAUGCAAUUCUGUAUGUCGUUCUGGCACUAGUUGUGCUGAUUGUCUUUCCAGAACCAAUCUACUGUGGCCGUCAAAAUGUCACAUAUUUCAACAGCAGUACAUUAGAAGAAGAACUAACUUCAUCCCCCAGAGUAACAUGGCUCAUUGAAUUCUACACACCGUGGUCAGGUAGAUGUCAGAGAUUUGCACCAGUCUUUGCUGACCUGUCACUGAGCUACUCUCACAAUCACCUGAAGUUUGGUAAAAUUGACGUAGGCAGAUACACAGAUGUAGCCAAAAAGUACAAAGUGGACGUGUCGUCGUUAUCACAGCAACUACCCACAUUGGUGCUAUUUGAGGGAGGGAAGGAGACACUGAGAAAACCGGGCAGAAACAGCAAGGGAGCAACUGUCAAACAUCAUUUCACGAAGGAAAACAUCAUUAGUGAUUACAACUUGGAGACCCUUUAUCAAACCACCAAGAGCAAAGCACAGAAAAAGGCUGACAAGGCAGAAAUGUCCAGUGAUAAAAAGACCAACUGAACUCCCUAGAUAACUGCAUGCAAUAGUAAGUAAUUCCAUUGUGAAACUUAAAAUUUUGUUUCAUGGAAAGAGUGAAGUGGGACAGGCGAAAAAAAAUUAUUGUUACAGGAAAAAAGCUUUUUAAAAAAGGUAUUUUUGCCAUAGUAGUUCCCUUGUUGAUAGUUAUGAUUAGAGUUUAAAGAUUUGUAUAAAAAAAACCCAAAAAUUGCAGACACUGUUAAACGUAAAUUUACAUGAAAUAUAACUUUGUGGCAGUUGAGAACUCUUUAUUAGGAUCUAUGCUCUGCCGUCAUCUCAGUUCAGUCACCCCUUUUUAGUGAUUGGUCCCAUGUUUGUGUAAAGUUGUAAUUGGUGCUUGUUUACAAAGGUGUUCACACAACAAGUGGUAGAAUGCCCAUUGCUCAUCGUUAUUAAAAUGCAAGGUACUUAUAGAGCCUUUCUCAGGGCAAGGUUUUGAUCCUGGCUUUGUAUAGAGUUUCAUCAUUGCCCGUAGCUCAACUGCUAUGCAUGAUGUGAUUGUACCGUUUGGAUGAUGGUACAUCUGGAGUGUGCAUUCCGACUGCAGACAACCUAUCCAAUAUCAAUAAGUACCGUAGAAAAAGUUUGAGAUUUUGAAAUCUGUUUUAGUACAUGUCUUGGUAUAGAGCAUUCAAAUUUAUCGUGAUUAAGAAUUUCUACGCCAUUUACAACAUUGUUCUACGUGAACACUGAGAGAAGUGUUGUCUUUUCUGGGGCCAGCCAUUCUGCCGAGGCCAGGGGUACGGAGGAGUGUACGGAGCUGCAUUGCCAAGAGUACUGCUUAUCAAAUUUUAUUUGCUAAGCAAAAAAAACCCCGCUUGUAUUCUUGUGCUGAGCACAUUUUUGUACUCGGCAGUUUCAAGAAGUUUGGUUGUUUGGGCAACAGAAGCUGUGGCUUGGCCCAUGCACCCUCUAGUGUUGCCGUUACCUCUACACUGUUAAUUUGUUGUUACUGUAGUCACCUGAAUUCCAUGCCACUAUGGGCAAGUCAGUACAUGCACAUGCUUGUCUUUUGUAUUUCUAAUACAAUCAAAUGUUCUGUGACUGACCGGUCAGUUAUCUUUAUGGGUUAUCAACUGGGUUUAAACUUUUGUUGUUCGCAUAAUCUUAUCGUUUUUGCAGUCAGUUAACAAUUCUGAAAUGUGCCCAUUUCAAAUCCCACUUUUUGUAAAAUUAAAAUUCAAAAAUAGAGAGGUUAAUGGAUUUUUUUUUUAAGAUUUUGUCAGCUUUCUGUGUCAGCUGAUAAAUUGCUAGUCAAAAUGCUUAAAAACAGCGGUUACAGAAUGCAGAAAAUCCAGACUGCUGGCAAGAUAACCUAACCCACGAUUAUACUGUAUGAUACAUUCUCCGUUCUAAAUUAUUUCAGUUGUUAUAUAUGUAGCUUUUACAAAGUAAAAUGAAGUAAUGUAAAAUAAAUUUGAUUACAAAUGAAACAUUGAGAGUA